GGCUUUCAGAGUGCCUGGGAGGAGUCGCGGCAGGGCCACAGCCAGCAUGGGGGACGUCUUCAUCCGCCACAUCGCCCUCCUGGGCUUUGAGAAGCGCUUUGUCCCCAGCCAGCACUACGUAUACAUGUUCCUGGUGAAGUGGCAGGACCUGUCCGAGAAGGUGGUGUACCGGAAGUUCACCGAGAUCUACGAGUUCCACAAAAUGCUAAAGGAAAUGUUUCCCAUUGAGGCGGGAGAAAUCAACCCCGAGAACAGGAUCAUCCCGCACCUCCCGGCCCCACGCUGGUUCGACGGGCAGCGCGCCGCCGAGAGCCGCCAGGGGACGCUGUCCGAGUACUGCGCCGCGAUCAUGGCGCUGCCCCCCAAGAUCUCCCGCGGCCCGCAUGUGCUGGGCUUCUUCAAGGUGCGGCCUGAAGACCUGCAGCUGCCUGGCGACAGCCCGGUGAGGAAGCCGGAGACUUACCUGGUGCCCAAAGACAGCAAGAACAAUGCAGCGGACAUCACUGGGCCCAUCAUCCUGCAGAGCUACCGGGCCAUUGCUGACUACCAGAAGACCUCGGGCUCCGAGAUGGCUCUGGCCAUGGGCGAUGUGGUAGACGUCGUGGAGAAAAGCGAGAGUGGCUGGUGGUUUUGCCAAAUGAAGACAAAGCGCGGCUGGGUCCCCGCAUCUUUCUUGGAGCCCCUGGACAGUCCUGAUGAGGCUGAGGAUCCAGAGCCCAACUAUGCAGGUGAACCCUAUGUCACCAUCAAAGCCUACGCUGCUGUGGAGGAGGACGAGGUGUCCCUGUCUGAGGGUGAAGCCAUCGAGGUCAUUCAUAAGCUCCUGGAUGGCUGGUGGGUGGUCAGGAAGGAGGACGUCACCGGCUACUUCCCGUCCAUGUACCUGCAGAAGGCUGGGCAAGACAUAGCACAGGCUCAGCGCCAGAUCAAGGGCCGAGGAGCGCCGCCCCGCCGGUCAACCAUCCGCAAUGCGCACAGCAUCCACCAGCGGUCACGGAAGCGCCUCACCCAGGACACCUAUCGCCGCAACAGCGUGCGCUUCCUGCAGCAGCGGCGCGGUGGCCUAACACGGCCUGGACCUCAGAAGGAGAAUCCACAGAGCCAGCGAGCAAAGCCGCAGCCAGCAGUGCCCCCGAGACCCAGCGCCGACCUCAUCCUGCACCGCUGCAGCGAGAGCACCAAGCGAAAGCUGGCGUCUGCUGUCUCUGUCUGAGGCUUGGGCGCCAUCCUCAGAAAAGUCCCUGUCCUAACUCUGUAUAUACGCGAUCCUUGUAUAUAUAUACAUGUGUAGAACCUGCAGUCGAUGCCCUGGAGCCCUUCAACCACCCGCAAUAAAUGUUACUUGUAGUGGACGCC